AACGCUCCAAAUUUACAUUGACGUCACUUCCUUUCGCUUGUGUGGUCGUUAGUAAGCUAACUAGCAAAUUAUAUACUCAUGGUAGACUUUAUUAACAAAUGUACUAUUUCUAAUUUAUCCAAAUGACGGGGUUGUGAUAGUAGAAGUAUUUUUGUAAAUCAGCUUGAACUGUUGAAGUUGCUGUUGAGUUAAUCUCGGAGGUCCCACACGAACUGAUUAUGGCUAGCAGUGCUAAUGCUAACAACAUGAAUGCUGUCCGAGAAACGAUGGAUGUGCUGCUGGAGAUCUCUAGGCUAUUGAACACAGGACUGGACAUGGAAUCUCUGUCUAUCUGUGUCAGGCUGUGUGAGCAGGGCAUCAACCCAGAGGCCCUGUCCUCUGUCAUCAAGGAGCUACGUAAAGCCUCCGAUUCACUAAAAGCCUCUGACAACUGAAGAUCUGAGACUGAUCCCAACAAAGCAAUUCUGCUGAGCGGAAGUCUUUUCACGCAGUCAAGUUUCACAAUAUUGCCAAAUAGUGAGCGUCUAUUACCCUGACCUAUUCCUCGUGCCUCUGGAUUUGAUCCCUGGCUUCAUUUGAAGAAAAAUGGUGUGUGUUUAACAUUUGGUCUGGCAACAUCAGUGGCCAAUUCUCCUUGUGUUCCUGUCAUCAGCUUGGUGUGCAAUCUGACAAUAUGAAUGACUGCAAUGCCCUGAUAUCCAAUGUUUCAGUACCCCUCCCUCCCUCAAUCAUAUAGGUUGUCAGUUCAGUCGUCUUUCUUCUGACUGAAGGAAACCUAAUGAUUGGCACUCCCCCGUCAUCACACAGUGCUACAAUGAUGGGUUGUUUUCCAUUCCUUCAUGGCUUUUUGGACGUGUAAAAAAAAAAGUCUUAUUUAUUGCGAAUUGUGUGUAGUUUUAUAUGAAUUUAAUGUCCGUUUUUUUCCUUCAAUGUCUGGCAUGUCAAAGUUAUUUUUUUUUCUCUCUCUCUCGAAGUGUCCAGGGUUGUCAAUGAUGGAUGGAACUCAAUAUUAAAAGUAGUUGCAUUUUAUAUCCA